AUGAAUCUGAUAUCCAUCGCUUCGUAUUUUGUAUUAUUGACGAGGAGUUGUGUUGAGCAGGACUUCAGUCAAUUGGAGUACAUUGAGAUCUGCGGGACAAUUGUGGGCACAAUUGUGUGUAUCGUUAGCUUUUUCAAUGUCGCAGAGAAGCUUUAUGAUUAUUCGCAGAGCCCUUCCCUUCCCGUCUAUAAUGAAUGA